CGGCGGGUACUCGCUUCGUCGCCGGACACACUAAACAAGAGUCGAAACGUAACAGAACUUUUUGUGUUAGCUAGAUAAUACAAGAUAAUCAAACAAUGACGAGCACGUUGAAAGGAAUUACUCUUAAAGGAAGUGCAGAGGUUGUGGCUGACUUCUUUUCUUUUGGCAUCAACAGCAUCUUGUACCAGCGGGGCAUCUAUCCUCCAGAGUCAUUCACCAGAGUCAGCCAGUAUGAUAUGAACCUCCAAGUCACCGACGAUCCCAAAUUGAAGGACUAUCUCAACAGCGUGGUGUCUCAGCUGAAAGCGUGGCUACUCGACUGCACGGUGCAGAAGCUGGUGUUGGUGAUCACGUGCCUGGAAACCAACGAGGUGCUGGAGAGGUGGCAGUUCGACAUUGAGUGCGACAAGUCGGCGAAAGAGUGCAAUGCACCAAGAGAGAAGUCCAUCAAGGCCAUCCAGAAUGACAUCCGCUCAGUGCUCAGACAGAUAACUGCCACGGUAACGUUCCUACCACUGCUGGAGACGCCGUGUGGUUUCAACCUCCUGGUCUAUACCGACAAAGACCUAGAGAUUCCAGAAAAGUGGGAGGAGUCCAGCCCGCACAUCAUCAGCCAAUCGGAGGAGGUCCGCCUGCGCUCGUUCACCACUUCUAUCCACAAGGUGACCAGCAUGGUGGCUUACAAGAAGGCAGACUCUUUCUAAACACACACAUUCAUUCAUAUCUAUGGACUCAGUUACGUUACAUGACCCUCUACAUCCAUAGCGUCAUUACCGGACAUUAAAAAUUACCAACAGACGUUUUGUGUUUGGUAUUUUUCAAAACACGAAAAAAUGGGUAAAACUGAUUAUAUUUCAUAGAACAUGGUACCAUAGAUUUGAUUUUAUAGAACA